AUGUCUUUGGCUAGGCCAUCUUUGAAGUCGAUCACGUUCGUACUCGCAGGUCGAACAACACUAUCAGAACAUUGCCCUACAGAACACAUCGAAGUUGACUACGCUAUCGCCGAACGCUCACCGUACCUUCGCAUCUACCUCCCACAGCGGGUACGCGAUGACCGACCUCUGCUUCCGAUCCAACUUGGAGAUGUAGAUCCGGCAGGCUUCAAGCUCUACGUCGAGUGGCUCACAACCGGCAUUGUCAAGUUCUCUGAUAAACGAUCCCUCCAGCUGGACUCCUGUAUCGACCUCAUAUACGCGCACAUCGUCGGCUCCGCAUUUUCGCAACCGAACUUCCAAGACUACAUCAUCGACAAGUUAGCUUUCGUUCUGGACCCGGCGCAAACGUUCGAUCAAAAGAUUCUUGAAAUGCUGUAUUUGGAAAAGCACGCGUCGACGUUACUGCGAAAGUUUGUUACGGACAAGAUGUUCGCGUACGAUAGGAGGAUGCUGGGUAUGCUACGGAAUUCCGUGGAGGACAUUGUGACGGGGAGUAGUGACGUGAAGGGAUGCGAGCAAAGCAAAGACCCCUUCGAGAACGGACAAGUCAUCAAAAGUUUUCGACACGAAGCACCGUCCAUCGACGGAAAAGCGUCGAUCUCAGGCAAACAAGCUCGCAUCGCAACUCAAAAUUCCCUCCUUACAUACCAUGACCGAACAAAAUCUACGUCACCAAGAAUCGACCGUACGGUCUCGGAACUUGCGAAGUCCCCGGCUCUCAACGAGAUCGUUGACCCCUGA